GAAGAACGGCCCAGCACUCGUGAAGGAGUUCUAGCUCUGUUACGUCACGGCACUGACAGUGUCACCAACAUGGAUGUCAGGGAACUGGAUGAGGACUACUCCGCCCGCAUGGCCGAGUCAGUGUCAAAGGCUAUCCAGCGCCUCGCAACACCACUGGGCUCUUCGGAGCCCAAGGAGGCUUGCGUUGCUGCGUUUCGCAGCAACCUCUGGACAGUGGCCUCAGACGGCCGCCGGGCCAGUGGGAAGUGCGUUGCCAUCCUUCAGCGCUCCUUUGUCAGUGUCCGAGUCCUGUUCUUGGACCGCGCGCAUCAGAUUAGAAGGGCAUCCCUGCCAGUGUCACUCCAACAGACUUUACAAGACUAUUGGAAUGACAUUUUCGGCAGUGUCGGUGUCAAACAUGCGCUGGUGCCGGACUUGCAGAACUCUGACCAGUGGCGCCUGAGGUUUCAACUGCUCCAGAAGGAGGUCAGUGUCAAUGGUUCUCAUUGUGCCAGUGUCGCCAGUGUCAACAAGGCCGUGCUGACAUUGUCGUUCGCGCGCCAGCUUUGA